CACACACCAGCAGAGUGCAGUCCUCCAGUAUCCCACCGACCCAGCGGCUUGGACUUGCCCCGCCCCCUCGCAACAAAGUUACAAGCAGAGAGUUCAGGUAUUGGAGUAGCAGAGCCGGGUAAGCAGCAGCGCUCAGAGUGUUCAUUCCUGAUUUGGAAAUGCCCGAGUUGAUGAACAACGAGGUUUUCCUCGCCUAUUCCACCUACGGCACCAUCGUUCUGUUGAAAAUGUUGUUCAUGGGACCCCUGACAGGCUAUUUCAGGAUGACUCGUAAGGUGUUUGCCAAUCCUGAAGAUGCCAGGGCCCACGGUGCAAAGGAUGAAGAAGCCAAGAAAAAAUAUUUGCGGACUGAUCCCGAUAUUGAGCGUGUGAGAAGAUGUCAUCAGAAUGACCUGGAGAACAUAGUUCCAUUCAUGGGAAUCGGUCUGUUGUACACCCUCACUGGCCCUGACCUGAGUACAGCUUUACUGCACUUCAGAAUCUUUGCUGGCUCUAGGAUCUUCCACAGCAUCGCUUAUCUGGUUCCUCUUCCCCAGCCAUCUCGAGGUUUGAGUUGGAUGGUUGGUAUGGGAGUGACCUUUUCAAUGGCUUAUAGAGUGUUGAAGAUAGUAAUGCACCUUUGAGUGGAAGUAACAGUUAGUAACACAGCAUUCUAUUUGGCAAACCUUCUUUGUUCAUUCUGCUCUUAUUCUUUUGAUGUGUAACCUCACUAAUCAUGUUGAAGUAAAGAAAAUAUAAAAUUUGUUUUUAAUUGUUGAAAAUGAAGGGGUGAGGGAAGUAAAAGCAAAAAACAAACUCUCCAAAUUAGGUUUAAUUUUAUGUGCGUGUGUGGGAACAGCCAGUGACAAAUGUUUGUCUUUUCAGUGGAAAAACUUGUUUGGGGACAGGUUUCAACCAGAACGAUUUGAAGAUUGUUAACCAAAUACAAAAGACCCCACAGGAAUUCAAAUAGUAGAAAAAAUCCAGCGCAAACUAACUUGAAUGUGAAGUACCCCUUUUUAUAUGUGUAGCAUUUUGCCUUCCUGUUCUUUAAAAGGGUUUUACUGUGCAAAUGUGUAACUGACAGCGCAGUUUUCGUGGUAGUGUGUUGAACCAGUUUUUAACCCUUGCCUGUUACUGCUCAGUACUUUACAGGGGAGGUGGCCAGAAGCAUUGACUGGCACCAAGAGAUGGCAGCUGAGGGAAUGAUCAUGGGUGUGGUGCUAGUCUGCAGGGGCUAGUCCUGAUGGUGUUGAUGGACAGCAGGAAGGGAGUGUCAAAAAACAUGUACAGGACCUGGUGGAUGGAUAGGUAAUGACAGACAGGUGGCCAGGCUCUUGGCAAAGGUGUCAAAUAGCUUAGAUAUUUUUCAAUCUUGCUUUCACAGUUGUCAUUAUAUCUUAGAAACCAUCAGUUAGCAAAGCUUUAUGUCGUGAGUGCAGAGGUCUUAACUUUCAAGUUUAGUGGGUACAGAGGAGAUUGUUUUGAUCUGAUGCUUGGAGAGUAUGAAUUUCGGAUUAAAUAGGCCUGUUUGUAUAAUGUGACGCAACAAGUAUGAUCCCAAAAAUUGUGCUGUGGCUAGGCAGAGUUUUUUAAAAUGUAACAAAAAUCCUGCAUGAUGUUGUUUUAAAAAAACUGUUAUACUCACAUACAUGUUGCUGCUGGUCUGUUCACACUUUGCAUUCAAAUGAAAUCUAUUUCAUCUCUUAAAUUUAUGCAUCGCUAAUAAAUAAAUAUGUACAGUGCACUAAAUCUUCACGUUUCUUAUGGGUGCAUGACGAUUACAAGAUAAUAGCUGGUCAAAAUGUUUAAAGCAUUGUAGUAAGUAUGGGAGUUUGAGGGUUUCCAUGGUAAAAUCCUGUUCGUGAAGCUGUUGUCACAGGUUCAUCUAAUAUGUAUCUGAACCCAAUGGUCUUGAUGAAUGGAGAGAGAUCCCGCUAAGAAAAGUGUUCUGUAUCUGCUACUAGUCGGUGGAUUUACACAGUGUAGUUCAGGCCAACCAGAUGAUUCCAGCAUCUGCUGUGCUUUUAGCUGGGGCUGGUUACCUACACUUGGCUUUAACCACACUCUUUUCCUGCCCCUUCCUCCAUCAUAACCCCAUAGGGAAUGAAAGAUGGGGUGAGGAUUCCUGGUGCUGCUUACCUCUGUUAGGAGUGCAUGCAUGCAAAUGUUGGACAAGGACAGGAUUGAAUGUAAUGUCCCUACUGUUGUACUGCUUACUCAUGGGACUAAUGGCCCACUUGUGCCAGCAAGACAACAUCAUUGAUACAAUCCCCCUGCAGGAUGGCAAGGAAUAAAAACAAAUGCACUUAAAACAUCUGUUCAGUUAUAAUUGACCAAUUUUGUUUCAGGUCAAAGCUUGUUUAUUGAUUUUUGGGUUGGUAAUGAGUUCUGCUAAUUUUAAUAGCUACUUGCAUUUUUUUGCUUUAGAGGGGAAUGCAUAUUUUGUACUUCUCUCAAUUUUUCUUCCAGAAAUACAUCUCUCAAUGUAUUCCACUUUUUGUAUUAAUAAACACCUGAAGCAAA